AUGUCUCCAGAAAAUCCUGGCUUCCCCAACCUAAGCACCCCCACCCCCACCCCCGUCUGCACCAGUCAGACCAACCGUGCAACCGAGCGCUCGCGCAGGCAGGCCGGCUCCCACGGGAGCCGCCGGUGGGUUCGAACUGCCCAGGGCCUCCGGGCGGCACGAGCCGGCACAGCCUCCGUUAGGAAUUCUCCCAGCCGCCAACUGGUGAGGCGGGCGGGCGGCCGAGUUCUCCCAGCCGUUGCCUUCCUUCAGGGCCGGCCGCCGCGCUCCUCCACCUUCACACGGCGCCUCCCGGGCCCCAAAAUGAGCACCGGCCUGCCUGCGGACGCGGGGCCCGCGGCGUCUGCGAGCGCGGAGGAACACCGCGCGUCGCGGGAGGAGGACCGCACGUCGCGGGAGGAGGAGGGCACGUCGCGGGAGGAAGACCGCACGACAGACUCGCCGCGGCGCAGCUCGUCCGAGUCGGAGGCGCCGGUGCGCGGCCGCUGCCACACGGACUGCCUCGAGGCGCCGCUCAACAGGUUCUUCCAGCGGCUGGGCUGGGCCGUGGGCUCCUACCCGUGGUUCUUCCUCCUGGCGCCCGUGAUGGCCACCGUCUUCCUCUCGGUGGGCUUCGUCCACCUGCCCAAGUACAAAGAAGAAAACAUGGAGGAGCAGUACUCCCCGGUGGGGACCCCGUCCAAGAAGGACCGGGCCUUCGUGCAGCGACAUUUUACCAUCGACCCGCCCAACUUCUCUGCCAUCCGGAAGAGCACUGAAGUCCACUACGCUACCCUCCUGGUGGUCUCGCACACCGCCUCGCUGCUGAAAUCAGACGCUUUCGAGGAGAUUAGAACCGUGGACAGGGCGGUGCAGGCCCUGGUGGCCACCACGCCAAACGGAACCGCCAUCCCCUACAGCCAAGUGUGCGCCAAGGUCCGGGGGGGCUGCAUGCCCGCCAACCCCGUGCUGGCCGCCUGGCAGUACCAGCCAGGCUUGAACUUCGCAGACCUCACGUUUCCGGCGUUGGAGCGGAACCAGCAGGCCGUCUACUUGACCAGCACCAUCGGAGGGAUCACCCUAGGGGACAGGAGGGGCAACAACCGCGUCAUCCUGCUGGCCAAAGCCCUGCGGCUGCAGUAUUUCCUGUUGACGGAUGAGCGGGUGGACAAGGAGAACAGCAAGACGUGGCUGAAGCACUUUCUGGAGCAGUUCAGCGACUUGAAGAAAGGGCUGAUCUUGAAGAAGACCGAGGUAGUCUACUUUACAUCACUUUCCAGACAAUUGGAAUUUAAGAAAGCCUCGGUAAAAGUGAUCCCUUUGUUUCACUUGACCUACUGUCUAAUCAUAGCAUUUGCCAUCAUAUCAUGCUACAGGCUUGACUGUGUGCGAAACAAAAUGUGGGUUGCAUCGUUUGGAGUGGUUUCUGCAAUCAUCGCUGUCGUGAGUGGCUUUGGCCUGAUGCUGGCGAUCGGAGUGCCAUUCGUGCUCAUAGUGGCAAAUUCACCCUUCCUGAUUCUAGGUGUUGGGGUUGAUGACAUGUUUAUCAUGAUUUCUGCCUGGCAGAAGACCAACCUGAUGGAUAGCAUAAAACAUCGGAUGUCCAGGGUCUACUCAAAGACAGCAGUGUCCAUUACAGUCACUACCAUCACCAAUGUCCUGGCCUUCUAUACAGGAGUGAUGACCUCUUUCAAGUCCAUACAGUACUUUUCACUCUACACGGGAACAACGCUGCUCUUUUGCUAUGUUUAUAACAUCACCUGUUUUGGAGCAGUUUUGGCCUUGGAUGGGAAGAGAGAAGUCAUCUGUCUACACUGGUUGAAGAAGGCAGAUAGUCCUGACAAAAAGUGGUCCUCUUUUAAAAAGUCCUGCUGUGCCCCCUGCGGGUCUCUCCCCGAUGAAGAUGGCACCGGCACACACCCACUCGACUUGUUCUUUAGAGACUAUUUUGGCCCUUUUCUCACAAGCACUGAGGUCAAGAUUUUGGUAGUGGUGCUCUAUAUUUUGUAUCUCAUGACCAGUAUAUACGGGUGCUUCCACGUGCAGGAAGGCUUAGAUGUUCGAAAUCUGGCAAGUGACAAUUCCUACAUAAGACCGUAUUUUGAUAUAGAAGAAGAAUAUUUUUCAGACUAUGGCCCCAUAGUUAUGGCUGUCAUUACCCAAAAGGUGGACUACUGGAAUAAAGAGGUUAGGCAAAAAUUGGAACGAUGCUUGAAAGAUUUGGAAAACAGUGAGUUCGUGGCUGGCAAUCUCACCGAGUUUUGGUUAAACACAUACGUGCAGUAUUUGAAAGGAAGAAACAAAGAUGUCAAUGAUAAGGAGACUUUUAUAAGCAACAUUCCUCUGUUUUUUAAGGAUUUCCCAAGUUAUGUGUACGAUGUUAAUAUUUCAUUAUCAAAUGAAAUCAUUUCAUCCCGGGCCUUUAUUCAGACCAGGGAUGUUUCUACGCCAACCAAGAAGAAGAAUAUGCUACUAGAGUUUCGCAGCAUCGCUGAGAACUGUAAAGUCCCCCUCUUGGUCUUUAACCAUGCUUUCAUAUAUUUUGAUCAGUAUGCCGUGAUCGUGGAGAACACCGUUCGAAGUGUCAUCAUCGCCUCGGCAGCUAUGUUCAUUGUUUCUUUGCUGUUAAUUCCUCAUCCUGUGUGUUCCCUGUGGGUGACUUUUGCUAUUGCUUCUGUGAUUGUGGGAGUCACAGGUUUCAUGUCAUUCUGGAAUGUCAAUCUUGAUUCCAUAUCCAUGAUGAAUCUGCUCAUUUGUAUAGGGUUUUCUUUUGAUUUUUCUGCACACAUCUGUUAUGCUUUUUUUUCAAGUACUAAGCCCUCAGAAAACCAAAAAGUAAUUGAGGCAUUGUAUCUGCUAGGCUACCCAGUCCUACAAAGUGCCAUUUCAACAAUAAUUGGUGUGUGUGUUUUAUAUUCAUCUGAUGCAUACAUCUUCAGGACAUUUUUUAAGAUUAUCUUUCUUGUUAUGUUGUUUGGGGCUGCUCAUGGCCUAAUUUUUAUUCCUGUAUUCUUAACCUUUUUUUGAAAUUUUGAUUGUCCACUAACAAAUCAAAGUUCACUUACAGAAUUCCUGAUUGCCCAAUUCAAACAGAUAAAAAUGCAUUAUUAAGAAUAGGCAGUAAACUUAAAGGCAUGUUUCCUUG